AUGCGCGUGUCUGAUGAGCAGUACAUCUGGCACGCGGUGGGGUGCGACGACUGCGGGGCGUACCCGAUUGUUGGACGGCGGUACAAGUGCAGGGACUGCCCAGAGGCCAUCGGCUACGACCUGUGCGGCCCCUGUCAGGACCGCGGCCCCGCCGGCCGCGGCCGCUUCAACCAGCAGCACACGGACGCCCACAGACUGGAGAAAAUGGAGCCUGACAUAUCCUGGGGCGGCGUGCACCAGCCCCACAACUUCUCGGCACUGGUCAACUUCCUUCAGACGGCCGGCCAGGCGCUGCGCGCGCUCGCCGCCGCCAACGUCCUCAGCGCCCCGCUGCUCGACGCGGCCAGCGGCGACUUUGUGGGGUUUGUUGACCUCAAUGACAUCCUGAGGACCUUUCUGGGGCUCAUCAACGUGCGGGAGCUGUCAGAUGAGAAUCGGGAGUACCGCCUGCGCACCGCAGGCCUGCAGCUGGAGCACACACCACUGUCCAAGGUGCAUACCGGACUGGAUGGCGCGCUCGUGUACAAGGCCGCCGUCAGCAGCAGCUUCCUGGACGUCAUACGCUUCGGCUUCCUGUUAGAGGGCGGCACAGGCGGCGGCAGCGGCGGCGGCGGCGGCGGCGCCGAUGCAGACCCCUGCGACGCCGGGCUGGAGGCGCCGCAGAUCAUCCAUCGCGUGGGCGUGUUUGAUCUGGAUGUGUCAGCAACCACCACCGCUUCAGACGAAGACGAAUACGAGGACGGCGGCGGCGCCGCCGCCGCCGUCGCUGCCACGGGCGCGGCUGCGGCAGCGGGGCCGAUGAGCGUGGAUGAGGGGUGUGGCGGCGGCGGCUCCGGCGGCGUUGGAGGUCGUACAUCCUUCGGGAGCGCGGCCGCAGCUGGCGGCGAGGGCCAAGGUAUGGAAGAGGAUGCUGAGGCGUCCGGCGGCGACGCGGCGGCCGCCGGCGCACCUGCCCCUGGGCGCGUGCGCGGGAGCGGGGCGCGGCUGGAGCCGGUCGGGAUCGCAGCGGCGGCAGCUGCGCAGAGGCUGCGAGACGAGCAGCAGCAGCGGGAGCAGCAGCGAGAGCAGGCUGCGCCGCCCCCGCCGGACGCAACUGCUGCGGGCGGCGGGCAGGGCGCCGAUGCCGGCUGUGCGGCCCAACAUGAGGGGGUCUCAGGCAUUCGCAUCAUGCACGUGGUGAGUCAGAGUGACGUCAUCUGCUUCAUCGGCCGGCACGUGGACGAGAUCGGGCCACUGGCUGAGCGGACGCUGGCGCAGCUUGGUCUGGCGUCAAAGGCGGUGGUGUGCGUUCCGGGGGAGAUGAGCACCAUCAACGCCCUGGCCACGAUGGCGACCAACCGUGUGUCGUGCGUCGGCGUCAUCGCCCACGACGGCGCGGCGGGCGUCCUCGGCGGCAACCUGAGCAGCAGCGACCUGAGGGGCCUCCUGCCGCAGCACUUUUCGGCGCUGGCGAUGCCGGUGAUGCAGUUCCUUGCGUGCAAGACGAGCCCCGGCUGGCCCCACACCGCCGCGCCCCGUGGCGCGCCCGGCGGCGCCGCCAACGAGUGGGGGCUCAAGGGCCACGAGGCUCUUGCCCCAGUCCAAGUGGUGUCGUGCGGCCCAGACACCUCCCUGCGCGCCGCGCUGGGCCUCAUCUCAUCCGGCCGCGUCCACCGGCUCUACGUGGUUGACUCACGUGGCCGCCCCGUCUCCAUCGUGACGCUCACCGAUCUGCUGCGCGUCCUGGUCGGCUGGCGGCCGUGGCGGGGCGGCCGCGGCGGCGGCGGCGCCGCGGCCGGCCAGGAGGGUGAGGUUGAAGAAGAGGGGUCGGUGGGAAUGCUGACGGCGGCCGGGGAGGCGGCCGGGACGGAGGGCGAGGCCGCUGGGGCCGGCGCGAUGGUGACGGCUGAUGACGUCAUUGGUGGGGUCGCAGAGGACGCUGAGGUGGACCAGCUGCUGGCGGCGGCGCCCCUGGAUUUUGGGCUCCGGCUCGGCGGCGGCGGCGAGGGCGUGGGUGUUGGCGGCAGCGUGGACGGCGGCAUGAGCGGCCUGCCGCGGCGGCGGCGGCGCGAGGAGGUCACUGGGGCCGAGGAGGAGGAGGGGGAGGACAACGAGGGGGAGGAGGAAGAGGAGGAAGGCGAAGCGGAGGACGAGAGUGAGGACGAGCUGCUCGUUGAUCUGCCGGGGCCUAACGGACCUGGCAUGGUGUCCAAGGUUGGCACGGAAGACGACGAUCUGGCUGUCCCAGCCGAUGAGCCGGGUGGCGCGGGUCGCUGGCGGGGCCGGGGGGAGGAGCCGGCCGCUCUGCGGCGGAAAUUGUUGCGCGGCGAUCAAGGCGGGGGUGGUAGCAGCGGCGGGCGCGGUGCACCGGCGCGGGCGGCGGCGGCUGCGGCCCUCUGCUUUUGA